ACCAGGAUUGUUUACAAAUGGAGGAUUGCAGUUGCACAUGACACAUGUGUUAUUGUUGAUAUUGAUUGAUAACAUAACAAAAUGAGUAAAAAACUGCCUCAAAAAGCAGGCAGCGGGGCAAAACCUAAACAGAAUUCUGCUCAGGGCCGAGGAGGAGCAGGCAGUCAGGCAAUGGUUGUGCGAGGGAGCAGGGGACAGGCUAUGCAGCUCCCUAAGGGAAUGCAGCCAAUCCCUAUGAGGGAGGAGAAUGGCAUGCUAAUACCAGAGGGUUACACCAUGAGAAAGAUAGAACCAGCCAAAAAUUAUGAUGUUGUAUCAUUUGCCAAGGCUAUGAACCAGGACUUUGCUCCUAGACUCAAGAAACUGUUUGACCCAGAGACAGAGGCUGCCCUUGAAGCACAAAAGACAGGUAUCUACAUUGGCUGGCGCUGUCCAGAGUUUAAACAUGACUGCCAGCGUGUUAACAAGAUGUCCAAGUGUUUCUGCGGACACCUGUUGGGAGAGCAUGCACAAUACACAGCAAAGAGUUUGAGAGUCAGGUGUGCACAGGGAGGCUGUAAAUGUCAGGCUUUUGUGUGGAUACCUUCCCGACCAGAGGAUGUGGGCGAAUUCUGGCACCAAAGACGCCGAGAUUUUGACCCGAGUACAUGGCGUGCAAAGUGCCGAUGUAAACACACACAUGAGGAACACGACGCUGCUGGCUCAAGACGUUGUAAAUUUAGAGGUUGUUCCUGUGGGCAUUUCAACUCUAACUUCCUGUGUGCUGCCUGUGAUAAACACUGGGAAAUUCAUGAGACAUUCUUCGAGAGCGAGCAGGAUCGCGUUGAAAAAGGACUGCCUUACGGAGAGAUGUACUUACCGUUCGCUGAGAUGCCAGACUUACGUAACAUUGCUUUAACUGGACGGGAGGAUGAUGACUCCACAUACAGGGCCUUGACUCAGGGGGAGGGGUCUAUCCCAAGGAACUCUCGACCUGUCGGCAACAAUGCUCCUGUGAAUUUCGGAGGAAGUUCCAAAAGUGGCUUCAAACCCGUCUAUGACUAAAACAUUUGCUGUUCCUGGGUUCAGUUUUACAAGCCUAGCUGUACCAGGGCGUACAGUUCCGUAAAUCAAUGUAUAAGCUGGGUUUCAUAGGAUUAGAUAGUGUAAAAGAGUAUUAUACAUUGUAUAUACAUUUGUAUCUGAAUCUGUACAUUUGUUUACAGUUUAUAUUCUUCAUCCUCUGUAUCAAUAAUGAAAUAUACAAUGAUUCAAACCUAGUUACUGGUGGACUCCUAGAUUGUUAUUAAUUUGAUGUAUUGAAAUGGUGCUCAAUAUUUACAUACAUGAAUAUUUAUUUUAAAAGAUACAGAAUCUGUACAGACACCAGACACUUAUAAUACAGUUUUAAAGAUAGACAAAAACUGCCACUUACAAAAUGUAUGGUAUAGGCUUUGUAUUUCUAGUAUGAUCUGCAUCUUAUAAGCAACAAUUUUUUUUUUUUAAAUCAUGUCUGUUCAUGUUAUCAGACUUGAAAAUCUGAGUACCCAUGAAAUGGAAACCCACAGAAUCUGAAACUGAUGAAACCAUGAUGUCUGCAUGCUCAGAAUUUAGAAAAAAAAAUAUGCUGAGGCAUAAGGAAAAAUAUUCUGCUGAUAAUUAAAUAUUUUGAAAAUGUACCAGAUUAACAUGAAAAUAAAGUUCUAAUAUGUAUUUUGCUCCUGAAUACCCGAGGUAGCUUUUGCUGGUAUUGUUGUAUGUAUGAUUGUAUUAUUUUUUCUCUGUUUAGGGGAGUGUAAUAUAGGGUAUAGCUGUUUCAUGACUGUUACAUCAAUAUCUUCUUUUGUUUAUAAUCAAGUUCAUAAAUAGUUAAUUUUUAUGAAAAAAUUCUAUGUAUAAUUAUUUUACUGAAGUUCCGUCCCUUAAGUGCCUGUGAUAUUUUGUCUGUUUUUAAAGUUAAUUUGUUAAAAUAACUUGACACAAGUACAUUCCAUGUUUUAUACAAUUAUUGAUCAUAUUGUCAUUUCCUGUAGUUUCAAAUGAAUUAAAUUUUACAAGUUUCAAUUCCUGUAGUUUCAAGUAAGCUAAAUUUUAAAAGUAAAAAAAUUGUACAACAUGAAUAUAUAAAACAUGCCUUAAUGCACAGAUAUAUAAAAGUCUGUAUGUUGUUUUAGGGUGUUUUUUUUUUUGUAAAUUAUAAACCCACUGUGACUAGGAAUAUAUGUAACUUCUUUACAAGAUUGUGAUAUUUUUACACUAUAGAACACAUUUGUUAUAAUGUUGUUUUUAUUUAUUAACAUGUUGUUUUUAUUUACAUUUUGUUUACCUUGUUGAUACAAUGUUCUUGUAUACUGGAUGAUUAUCAGAUUAUCCUUGGAUCAUGAGGAUCUCUUAUCAUUUCAGUCUUAACAACACUAUUCAUCUCUAAUCUUUCUUAAUGGUGAAGAAAUUUUGCAGAAUCCCCCAUUCACUUAUUCUCUAAAAGGAUGAUAUUUGAAAUUCUUUCACAGGUGUUCAGUCAAAUCAAAACCUCAGGAGCAGAUCAAUAAUUAAGGGCUGGAACACUAUAUAUAUAGGUGAAGUUUAUUUUUAAUACACACGCAUCAUUUUCACAAAUGAAGCUAAUUCAUCACCGAUUGGUUGUACAUGUGGUAAUGACUGAAAUGAGAUGCUAUGAGAUACUUAGAGAGAUAUUUUAAUUCCUGUUCCAUUUCAGUGUUAAUUUCUGGUCCAUUUCAGUGCUUUUUUACUCCAUUUUGGAAUAUCCAGUUCCAUUUUGGCACAUUUUGGGUCAUAACCAUAUCUGCCCACUGAGUUAAAACUUGUUUCCUGAAUUUAAACUGUAUGCUAUAUAAAAAUGGCAAAGGAUUUUGUUUUUUCAUGUAUAACUAUAUACACUGCACAUGCCGCUUAAUCAAUAUCAUAUGCCAUUGCAAGACCUUGAGUAUUCAUGUAGAGAUGUCCUUACUAUGUAUGUAACAGGGAUGUAUAUAUUCUAAUUUUAAUAUCAUAAUAUGAAAUAUUAUAAUACGAAAUAAUAUAAUACGAAAUAAUAGUAUAUACGUCCCUGGUAUGUAAAGAGGUAAUGGUUUCAUAAACCAUUGGAAAUGGACUUCCUUUAUGAAAACUGUAAAAUGAAAUGCCUUAUACACACAUUAGCAUUAAUUUUACUACCUGCACCUUUGUACCACAAUCUGUACACAGUAUACCUGUUUGCUUAAUAAACACUGUACUGCUUAAA